AUGUGGCCGAGAUUCGGUUUACCGAAACAAGUGGUUAGUGAUAACGGUCCUCCAUUUUUCAGUAACGAGGUCAAACAAUUUUUAAGUUCCAAUGGAAUUGAACAAAUUUUUUCAGCCCCAUAUCACCCGGCUUCGAAUGGGGCGGCGGAAAAUGCCGUUAAAUGGUGUAAACGUAAUAUUAAAAAAGCAAUUAAGUGUAGAACAGACAUACACACGUCUUUAUGUAGAUUCCUAUUAGCUUAUAGAAAUAAUCCACACUACACAACCGGUGAAAGUCCGAAAGAAGCAAAAAUGUGCAUAGGGCAUAAUUUACGCAUGCGUUUAGAUUGUUUGAAACCUGAUCAGAAAGAAUUAGUAAAAGCUCAGCAGAAACAUCUGCUGAGGGAGCGAUUAGACAAUUUGCGGCAGGUGAGGUCUGGUUCUCUGGUCUGGUCUUUUAUUUAUCAAAUAGAAGAAAAACUAGCUCAUCUGAAAGACAAAGAAGAAACUUAUGAAAGAUUUCAAGCAGAUCAGAAAAUUCAAGAUGAAAACAUACUUUGCGUGUCCUUUGAUUUACAAAAAGUUUUAAAUACACCAUAUAGCCAAAAACUAGAAAAGGCUACUGUUUCUUGGACUGAGACAGAAGGCAAACGUGGAGCAAACGAAGUGAGCACCAUCUUAGAAAAUUAUAUCAAGAUGGUAGACGAUUGUAGAGAUAAAUAUUUUAAAGGUAAUCUGACGGGGAAAAUAUCGAAGGUACGUACAGCAACAUUUAAGAAACCCGAGCCACAGAAAAUUAUAGUCAAAUAUACAAUGGCGACUGAUAAUCCAGUAGAAGAAAUAGAAAUAACAAACAAAAACAAAAAUCUACAGCUUAAAAAAAUCUACAAAACUCGAUUGCCUAUAUCAAAGAAGAAAUACCAAGAUUUGUGGAAACUUUGUACAUCAAUGAUAAUUCCUGAAAUGUAUCACUAUGAAUAUGAAAAUUUUCCUUGUGCCGCUAAUGUUCAGGAUACCCUUCAAGAUACGGAUGUCGAAGACAUUUUCUAA